CCCCACCCCCCACUCCACCCACGGCCACGACUCGGACCCGAGAGGCAGCGCAGGACUGGCGCAUAUCUCCUUCUGCUUCCACUGCUGGAAGUUCGCCGCCGCACCAACAGGGAAUUCGGCCAGAGCUCUUCUGCAAAACAAUGACUUCUUCCAUAGUUGUCCCUUUUCGCGCACAGCCCUGAGGAUUUCAAGUUUUUUAUUUCGUUUUAACGCUGCCGAUCGAUGCCGGUCUCUGCGGCGCAUUGAUUCGUGAAGUUUUUGUGGAUGUGCGCGCGGGGACGACUCACAAAGGAGCAAAAAACACCUGAGUGCGCGUUCGUGACAUAUAUCGGUAUCACUCGCUCGGGAAAGCACAACUUUCAUGCAAAUUCUGACCUUUUUUUUUUGCGACAAAAAAAAAAACAAACAGAUUUGUUUGAAAAUCAUAAAUAAAAGUUUUCAAAACAACUUUCCUUCACUAGUUUGAAAAGUGAAUUUUGCGAGUCCUUCUGGAUUUUAUAGCUCGACUUGGGAGCAGAGCAUUCAUUCAAUUAUGUGGCUCUUCGUGGUCGCCGCCGCCGUGUGUUUCGCCCAGGAGCCGAGCGCCGCGGAGCCUCGCGCCAAGUGCCCGUCCCGCUGCGACGUGAGCCGCUGCCCGAGUCCCAGCUGCCCCAGCGGCUACGUGCCCGACCGCUGCAACUGCUGCCUGGUGUGCGCGGCGGCCGAGGGCGAGGCGUGCGGCCGCAAGGACGACCUGCCGUGCGGGGACGGGCUCGAGUGCCGGCAUCCGGCGGGAAAGCGCCUCUCCAAGGGCGUGUGCCAGUGCCGCGCGGCCCACAAGGUGUGCGGCUCCGACGGCGUCACCUACGGCAACGUGUGCCGCCUGAAGGCGGUGAGCAGGAAGGCUCUGCAGCAGGGGCUGCCGGGUGUCUCCGAGGCGCACAAAGGAGCCUGUGAUCCGCUGCCCAGCGCGGGUCCUCUACACCCCAUCAGUCCAAGGUACAAGUUCAACUUCAUCGCCGAUGUGGUGGAGAAGAUCGCUCCUGCUGUGGUGCACGUAGAGCUCUUCCUCAGGCACCCUCUCUUCGGCCGGAACAUCCCGCUGUCUAGUGGCUCGGGCUUCAUCAUGUCCGAGAUGGGCCUCAUCGUGACCAAUGCCCACGUGGUGACAAGCACCACCACCCUCUCUGGCCAGCAACAGCUCAAAGUGCAGCUGCACAACGGCGACACGUAUGAAGCCAUAAUCAAAGACAUUGACAAGAAAUCGGACAUUGCCACCAUUAAGGUCAACCCUCAGAAAAAGCUUCCGGUGCUCCAGCUGGGUCACUCGGCCGACUUGCGGCCCGGCGAGUUCGUGGUGGCCAUCGGCAGCCCUUUCGCCUUGCAGAACACCGUCACCACAGGAAUCGUGAGCACAGCCCAGCGGGACGGCAAGGAGCUGGGCCUUCGUGACUCGGACAUGGACUACGUACAAACAGACGCCAUCAUCAACUAUGGUAAUUCUGGUGGUCCUUUGGUUAACUUGGAUGGAGAAGUUAUUGGAAUAAAUACGCUGAAGGUCACUGCUGGGAUUAGUUUUGCUAUUCCUUCGGACAGGAUCACACGCUUCCUCAACGAAUCGCUUGACAAACACAAUAAAGUCAAUCAAAGGGUAUUAAGGAGAUUUUACCGUUUCCCAAAGCCUCAGUCAUUGAUCUCUGACGCAGAGGUGAAAGGCUUGAAGAAACGUUUUAUUGGGAUACGGAUGCUCACCAUCACACCAGGCUUGGUUGAAGAACUAAAGCAACACAACCCGGAUUUUCCUGAUGUUAGCGACGGCAUCUAUGUACAUGAAGUGGUGCCCCACUCCCCUGCUCAGAAGGGAGGCCUCAAGGAUGGAGACAUCAUUGUAAAACUGAAUGGCCGUGCACUGGCAAGCACGAGCGACCUGCAGGAUGCCCUCACUGAAGAGACGGCCUUGCUGCUGGAGGUGCGCCGUGGCAAUGAUGAUCUACUCUUCAGCAUCCAGCCUGAUCUAAUCUUGCAGUGAGCGACAGCCCCGAGUGCAAAUAUCUGGGUGUUGGAAGGGGAUCCAGACAUUAGUUUUCUUCCUGCACUCUGAAUUCAGCUUGAAGGCACAUGGAACUGCCAUCCGCAGACUUGCCGUCAUCGGAGUAGUAUUGUCAUCAUCCUCAUCGUUUCUGCAUGAAUUUCUUCACUGCAUCAGUUUAGAUCACUAGGCUAUAUCAACCUACUGCUCACAGUGAGAGAUGCAUUGCACAAAGGAAUAUUAUGGAUCAAGGAUCACAUUAUAGACACAAACAUUAGAAUCACUUUGAUAGAAUUAGGCUAUUUGUACCUAAGGAAUCAGCCCUGUAUAUAGGGAGUAAAAUCCAAUGACGUUGGUUCUGGAAACCUAAGCUGUACUAAAUGUGAAUGAAAAUGCUGGCAUUUACGCAAACCUUUUAAAACGUGACAUGUGACAACACAGUUGUCUUCUUUAUACAGCCAAAGCUCUGCCUAUGAUACCUGCAGAAGGAAUAUGCUGAUGAGCAUGGUGUGGUGUUUGCUGAAAAAUACAGUUUACCUUGUCAACGUUGUCUUAACACCAAAGUGUUCAAGUGAAGAAUAAUGACAGUGUUAUUGUUGCCGCAACUCCUUAUAAAUAAAAUGUACA